AGGGUGGCAGGAAGCCUGGCCGCCCACAUCCCUAUAAAUGGUGCUGUCCACCUUGCCACUCUGACGUGGAGGCAGAGGCCCGCGUAGCCUGGGGGCUCUGUGUGAGGGAGAAGCGGCAGGAGCCGAGCCAUGCUGCUGUGCCCGCUGGCCCUCACCCUCGCCUUGGUGGCCGUUUCCAGCACUGUGAGUGAUGUGAAGGAUGUUUGUGUCGGAAGCCCCGGUGUCCCCGGCAUUCCUGGAUCCCACGGCCUGCCGGGCAGAGACGGGAGAGAUGGUGUCAAAGGAGACCCUGGACCUCCAGGUCCCAUGGGCCCCCCUGGAGGAAUGCCAGGUCUCCCUGGGCGUGAUGGGCUGACCGGAGCCCCUGGUGUCGCUGGAGAGCGUGGAGAAAAGGGGGAGCCUGGCGCCAGGGGCCCUCCAGGGCUUCCAGCCUAUCUGGAUGAGGAGCUCCAAACCACACUCCAGGACCUCAGACAUCAAAUCCUGCGGUCAGUGGGAGUCCUCACUUUGCAGGGCACCGUGCUGGCAGUGGGAGAGAAGAUCUUCUCCACCAAUGGGCAGGCGGUCAAUUUUGAUGCCAUUAGAGAGUCAUGUGCCAGAGCAGGCGGCCACAUUGCUGUCCCCAGGAGUCCGGAGGAAAACGAGGCCAUUGCAAGCAUCGUGAAGAAGCACAACACAUAUGCCUACCUGGGCCUGGCCGAGGGCCCCACCCCUGGGGACUUCCGCUACCUGAACGGGGCCCCUGUCAACUAUUCCAACUGGUACCCAGGGGAGCCCAGGGGUCGGGGCAAGGAGAAGUGCGUGGAGAUGUACACAGACGGGCAGUGGAAUGACAAGAACUGCCUGCAGUACCGACUGGCCAUCUGUGAGUUCUGAGAGGCACUUGGGCCCCAGGACAGAGGAUCCUGCCUUGCUUCAGCCUCCAUCCUGAGGGUCUGCAUGGUCUAUGAGAUGCUAUAACUCCUUUCCAACAGAAUGUAUCUGCAGCUGUUAGAGCGGGAGGCAUCCUUAGCCUCUGCAUUCCCCAGACGUGCCCUGACUCUUCCCCAAUAAUCGCUGAUCAGCCUCGACACUCUCCUCAGCUCUGCACUCAAGGGAACCACUCCUAACUUUGGCCCUUGGCGUGACAUGGAGACCUCCUUCUCCCUCAUCCUGUCCAGUUCCGUCAUUUACAGCUGGCAGCAGUGAGGUCCCAGGAUGGAAGGACCUUCCAAAUCACACAUGCCUGACUCCCUCUGCAGCCCACCUCCUGCCCAGUCCCCUCCAGAAUGAGCAGUCGUGGGCAAGUGCAAUGACAAAGAUAGGCAGGUUCAUGGGGAAUUCCAAAUGUGGGGAGCUCAGGACACAUUCGAGAUUAUCUGGCACUCUGAGGUCUCUGGGGCAUGCCUGGUCAGCUCUCCAUGAGGUCAGAGCGCCAGGAGGUGCCCCAGCGUGGUGGUGGCCAACCCAACCCUAGUGAAUGACAUGUAGGAUUCACUUCUCUGAAUCUUUGGAUGCCAACUCAGCCCCCAGGCGUAAAAUCAGCCAGCCUAGGCCUCUAGGGAAGAGCUCUCCACCCCAAACAUAACCCAAGUGACUUUCUGCUGCUGGACAUAUCCGUGCACCGCUUCAGGCCUUGGUAGGACGUUCAUACCACUCACCACACCACUGGCUCUGUCUUCUCCUUUCAUUAAUUCAUUCAAUCAGAUAUUCCAUUAAGAUUAACUGUGUGCCAGGUCUUAGGCUGUCUCUUGGGGUGGACAAGGUACCCUGUGACUCUUGGGGACAUGUAUUUUCCCUGAGCCUAUUUCUUUACCUGCAAAAUGAGGAUAAAGUGCUGGUCACUGCUACAAUUAUUACCGUCCCUCCAACUACCAAAAUUAUUAGCAUAACUGUUACUACCAACAGAAACUAUUUAUUGAGCACAUACUAUGUACCAAGCACUUUGACAACCACUUCUAACACAUCCUAUUAAACAUUAUUUAAUCAUUACACGAUGUCAUGGGACCGGUGUUUUUUUCCCCAUUUUUUUAUAUGAGGCUACUGAAGUUUAGAGACGUUAAAUGCUUUGAGUAUUUACAAAGAGCAAGUGGCACAGGCUGGCUCUAUCAUCUGCCUGGACCUGAAACUCACGCUCCUAACCACUCCACCCUUGAAAUGAACAAAGAUGAUUUCAGUGUAAUAAAUCAUACAUGUGCUAA